AUGAAAAACCUUUAUGGUUAUUUUACAAUCUCUAUAGUAAUCUCUAUUCUAAGCAUAAUUGCAUAAGGAGAAAUAAUUUAAAUAAUAAGGCUGGCUUGUUCCAUAAUUAAUAUAAUAGCUAUAAAGUAUGAUAAACUGGUGUUAUGUGGACUUGCUUUAAAUAAGGUAAUAUUGUUUUUGGUUGGAGUACUAACUUAAUAAAAUGAAAGCAUUCUAUAAAUUGUUCUUGAUGAUCAUUUCCUUUAGACUUAUUUAAAUAAUAGACUGUUCAUACACAUAUGGAAAGUUAUAAGUGGGUUAACUUCUACGCUGUUAGUAUGUUUAAAAUAUCGGAAUGAAGAUCUUAAUUCAUUUCUAGUAGCAAUAUUUAUACCAUUAAUGUAUUUCCUACCAUAAUCUUAACAACUUUUGGAAGAAUACUUUUUGCCUAAAGAUGAAAAAGAAAAACUAAAAUCAAGUCCUAGAACUUAAAUUGCUAGGGAGUACUUUCGUAUUCGUUCUCGAAUGGAAGAAAAUGAAUUCAAUCCAAUAAAUUUAGAUUAAAAUAUUUCCAUAGAUAUCAAUUAAUUAAUGCGUCGUAUCGGGUCAAGUUAGGAUAGAUAAUUUGUAUUAUAAGAGAUUAGUUAUUUUAAUGAAUAAGUUUGGAAAUUAAGAAUUAAUGCUAUGCCGAUUGGUAUAUGUAUUAUAAGCAAUGAAAUUAAGCCAAAAUUUAUGAAUAACACAUUAAUUAAUAUGAUUAAAAAGAAUUGUUUAGAAUAAAGUGACUAUAAUCUUGAAACUAUUUAUUAAUUAUUUAUGAAUCAUCUCAAAUUCAAAAGAAUUGAUUAUGUGGGUCCUUAUGAUUUACCUCAUUCAGCUAUUUUUAAGAAUGAAAGAUAGAAUAUAAAAAAUCAAUCAUAAUUAGAUUCAAAUCUUUUUGAGGAUGAAUAAUAUUGUCUAUUUCACUUGAUUUAAAAAAUAGAAGAAGGAUAGCUAGAUCGAUUAUUAAAUGAUGAAGAAUAGAUUAUUGAAUUAUUUUCAACUUUUGAAAGUCCAAAUAAUUAAAGAUAAGUAUUUUUUGAUUGUAGAGUCCUAUUUUAAGAAAAAUAAAAGAUAGACUAUAUGGUAAUAAUUCAAGAUUUUACAAAGUAAAAUGAAUUGUCAAAAUUGGAAGAAAAAAAUAAGUUUAAAACUAAGGUUGUUUAAUCAUUUUCACAUGAAUUACGAACUCCUUUGAAUAGUGCAACAAUAUUUUUACGUACAGCUAUCAAUGAUACAAAAUUAGAUCGAAUAAUUAAGGACUAGUAUUUAUAACCAUGUUUAUCUGCUUUAAAAUUAUAAAAUCAUUUGAUAAAUGACAUAAUAGAUUUUAGUCAAAUAAAUGCAAAAUUGUUAGAUCUAAAAUUCAGUUAAUUCAAUUUAUAAAAAAUAAUAAAUGAAAUAACAGAGCAAUUUAAAUUUUAAUUUCAAUUUAAGCAAAUAGGUUUGGCCUUCGAAAUUAGCAGACCUAUGUCUCUUCUUACUCAAAUAAAAACAGAUUAUUAAAGAUUACUGUAAGUUUUAACAAAUAUAAUUUAAAAUGCUCUAACCUACUCUGAAACUGGGUAUGUAUUGGUAAAGAUAGACAGUUGGGAUUUAAAUGAGAUUGAAUUUUCAAUAAAAGAUGAAGGAAUAGGAUUAACAAGGAAAUAGCUUACAUCAAUAAGAUAAAUUAUAAAUUAGGAGCAAUAGACAACAACAAGAACAUAAUAAUGGCAAGGUUUUGGUUUGAUAAUUUGUUAGAUGUUGUUAAGAUACUUAUCUCCAAUAAAUAGAAAUAGCAUAAAGAUUGAAUCAGAUGGAUAAGAUACAGGAACAACUGUUCAGUUCAUAAUAUCGAAUCAUGUUUCAGCUUAAACAUAAGAAUAAACUUAUGGUUAAUAAUCAAAAAAAUUUAUUCCGAGAAUGAGAAGUAUGCCUACAUUAAGAGCUGAAUAUGGAUUACUUAUUAGCAUUAGGUCUAAAUCUCCAAGUAAGAUUUUAUUGUCAAAAACCAGUGAAUAGGAUGAAUGUGACUUAUCAAGUGUAUCAAUCAGAGAAAUUUCAGCUAAAAUACAUCGGUAUGAAUUAAAACAUUGUUCGAUUGAGAUAUUAAAUUAAAGAAAACCUUCCUGCAUUACUCCAUUAAAAAAUAAUAACAAUUAUAAGAUUAAUAAUAAUAAUUAAUUAGGUAUAAGACAAUCAUCAUAAUAAUUAUCAUUUAAAGAAACAGGAUCAACUCUUUUAUGUUGUAAUACUAUUUUAAGCGUCGAUGAUGAGGUAUUUAACUAAAAAUCUUUAUAAUUACUUUUAGGUUAACAAGGGAUGAAUGUCGAUAUUGUAUAAAUAUUAUUAUGUUAAGUUAGGUAUUUAAUGGUAGAUAAGCAAUCGAGAAGGUAUAAAAUCCCACUAAAUGUUGUUUAACAUGUACUGGAUAUAAGAUGAUAUUAAUGGAUUGUUAAAUGCCAAUUAUGGAUGGAUGGAAAACAACUAGAAAGUUAAGAGAAAUGAUGCAAAAUCAAUAGAUACCUAAAAUUCCUAUAAUCGGCCUAACUGCUUUUACAAGUAAUGAGGAUGUAGAGAAAUGCAAAGAAGUAGGAAUGCUAUAAAUACUUCAUAAACCAUUGGAUAUUUAAAAGUUUUAAUCAAUUUUAGCUGAACUUCGUAUUAUUUGA